CUCGGUCUUCACUUAACAUAGAAUAAUUCGGCUAUACCGGCAGGCUACUAGUAAAGCCUCAACCAUGUAUGCUGGACGGAAAAGAAGAAAACCGGUGCAAAGAGGCAUCGAAGUGAAAGACCAAAAAGAGAAACAGACAGCUUCAUCUGAAGGGACCAAGUCUAACCCAUCAAAGCGCCACCGGGAUCGUCUGAACUCUGAGUUAGACCGUCUGGCCAGUCUACUGCCCUUCCCAGAAGAGGUCACCUCCAGCUUGGAUAAACUCUCUAUCUUACGGCUCAGCGUGAGCUACCUGAGGACCAAGAACUUCUUCUCAGUUGCCCUGAAGACCCACGCUUGCAAGGGUUUGAAGGCCAACGGUGGUAACCAUGACAACAGCAAGACAACGGGAUUGGUGGAUGGCUGGAUGCCCGAGGGUGAACUCCUAUUGCAGGCCCUUAAUGGUUUUGUCCUGGUCAUCACUGCAGAGGGGAUCAUAUUCUACUCCUCUCACACCAUUCAGGAUUACCUGGGAUUCCACCAAACGGAUGUGAUGCACCAGAGUGUGUUUGAUCUGAUCCACACUGAGGACCAGCAGGAGUUUAGGAGGAACCUCCACUGGGCUCUCAACCCCCCGGUCGUGCCCCAGCAGGUGGAGUCACCCCCAGAUGGAAAGCCAGUCCCCAGCUCAUCCCUGGUGACCUAUAACCCCGAUCAGCUGCCUCCGGAGAACUCCUCCUUCCUGGAGAGGAACUUCGUCUGUCGCUUCCGCUGUCUCCUCGACAACUCCUCUGGCUUCCUGGCCCUGACCCUCCAGGGCCGUCUGAAGUUCCUGCAUGGCCAGAACUGCCAUCUGGAUGACGGCUGCAACGUGCCCCCCCAGCUGGCCCUGUUUGCCAUCGCUACCCCCCUCCAGCCUCCAUCCAUCCUGGAGAUCAGGACCAAGAACAUGAUCUUCAGGACCAAACACAAGCUGGACUUCACCCCCAUGGCCUGCGACGCCAAGGGGAAGAUCGUGCUGGGCUACACUGAGGCUGAGCUCCGGGUUCGAGGCUCUGGAUACCAGUUUAUCCAUGCAGCUGAUAUGCUCUACUGUGCUGAGAACCACGUCCGCAUGAUCAAGACAGGAGAGAGCGGGCUGACGGUGUUCAGACUGCUCACUAAGGAUAACCGCUGGAGGUGGGUCCAAGCCAACGCCAGACUGGUCUACAAGAACGGCAAGCCUGACUACAUUAUCGCCACCCAGAGGCCCCUGGUGGAAGAGGAGGGAGGAGAGCACCUGAGGAAGCGUUCCAUGCACCUCCCCUUCACCUUCGCCACGGGCGAGGCCCUUCUCUACCAGAGUAGCUACCCCAUCCACGGCCUCACCGACUCACUCCAGACUAAAGGCAAGACCAAGUCCAAGAAGGGCAAGCUGGACAAGAACUUGUCGAAGGAUCACGGUGGACUGGACCCCAGCUCCCUGCUUGGGGCAUUGAUGAGGCAGGAUGAGUCCGUGUACGUGUGCCAACCAGCCGUCGAGCCCAAGAUGUCCUUCCACAGUAGUCUGUUUAGUGAGCGAUGCGAGGGGGAAGGGCAGAGCAGUGGAGGCUAUAGCGGUGGCCCUCUGGGUGGGGGUGUGGGAAAGAGCUGGAGCGCCUUGCCAAACGGUGUCACCACCACCUCUACUGGCCCCAACGGGGAGCCUCCAUCCAGCUUCGACCCACUGCUCGCCACCCUGGACUCACUAUCUCUGGAGGGGGACGAGACAUGCUCUAACAGCGAGCUGUUCUCUGCUCUGGAGAACCUGGGUCUGAACGCAGAGGAUCUGGAGCUACUGCUGCUGGAUGAGAGGAUGAUCAGAGUGGAGAUGGAUCCAGACUACAUCCCCUCGCUCAACGACCUGCUCACCAACAACGAGAUCCUCUCCUACAUCCAAGACUCGCUGGAGAACAAGACCGAGGAGGACCAGGGUCGGGACAGUCACGUGUCCAUACCACCAACCACAACCCAUCCCCCUGGCCCUAUCCUUAAUUCUACCCUUAUCCCUAACUCUUAUAACCAAGCCACCCCCAUUAUACAUAUCUCUACCCUCCACCCCCAGGCUACUAACCCUCCUGUCCCCCAACCCACAUUACCCCCUCACAGACUACCAAAGCAGCCACCCAUAUUGCAGCUCUCCCAGCAGAUGCAGCAGCACCUCAACUUAGUAAAGCCCGUUCUGGCAAAAUACCCCUGGCCCCCGACACAAACGGACGUCCCCACGCCAAGCCAGCCAGACACACUGCAGCACACAAACUCACUAAGCGUGGUCCAUAAUGGUCACUGGCUUCCCCAGCAGCAGCAUAUGCAUGCAGGGCUGGACGACCACUGCCACAGCAUUCACCCCCUGGUCAACGGUAAGACAUCCCAGCUGGGGCCUCAAGGGGCCGGGCAGCUCAAACACCACCAGCACCAGAACAUCAUCCAUCUUCAGAGCCAGUGGCAGCAGCAGAACCAGCACCUACAGGUCCAGCUUCAGUCUCAGUGCCAUUUCAGACAGCAGAAGGCUACUAGCAACAGCAGUGUCACUCUCAAUGGCGUGCACCCUGAUCCCGAUUGGCAGAGGUACGGCUACGACGACCAGUUGGGACUGACAGCUAAUGGAGCUAACGGAGCCUGCACCGUCUCCUAUACCAACGGGCGCGCGGACACCCUCUCACACGCUACAGGAGGUGAGGUCACUCGCGCGGAUUACGGUAUGGGUGCUUCGACUACCGUGGACAUGGUCAUGAACUGGGGUACGGUAGGGGGCACAGGUCACUACCAAGGACAAGGAGGGGUGACUGCUACCCCUUCAGACCAUCUGGAGCAUCACAAACAACAUUAUCCACAGGUCCCAUCCACCUACUUUCACCGCCAGUACCCCACCACACAGAACUCCUUAGAUUACAUCCUGGGGCUAUCACAGCCUCACCACACCACGCCUUCUCUGGACGCCUACGGCAUUUUGAAUAGCCCCGCUUCCCAAGAUGCCACUAACUGCAAGAUGGAGAGCGGCUGCAUCCUCAACGACACCAACGUGGCUUACACAGGGAGCUGUCUACUGCCCAAUGUGAACGGCCAGACAGCCAGCGACAGUCUCCACCCCCAGCUUGACGCCCUACAGACCCUGCCCACCCUCCCAGACCCACAGACUACAGGCUUCUACCUCUGAGA